UCUGCUCCAUUCUCUCUCUUUUCGUCCUAUAUUUUCUCGCUGUGUCAUUUCCCGGAAUUUUGGACUCGGAUCUUUUUGCCAGAACCUUGCAGUGAAAUUCACAAAGCCGGAGAGAAAUGUGCAGCUUCACUUUCUUUCAACGGGUAUCUAGAGCUUUUCACGACCAUUCCUCGCAUUUCAAACUUGUCGUCCUCUGCACCGUAAGUGGAGGCGGUCUUUUGGCUUAUGCGGAGGCUGCUUCAUCUGGAACAAUCAACGACAAGAAGGUGUUGGUGCUGGGAACCGGUUGGGCAGGCACAAGCUUUUUGAAGAAUCUCAAUAACCCGAGAUACGAGGUUCAGGUGGUAUCGCCUCGUAAUUAUUUUGCAUUCACCCCCUUGCUUCCUAGUGUUACAUGCGGUACGGUCGAAGCACGCAGCAUUGUUGAACCCGUUCGCAAUUUUUUCAGGAAGAAAAAGGUCGACUUUCAAUUCAGUGAAGCAGAAUGCGUGAAGAUUGAUGCAGAAAACAGGAAAGUUUACUGCCGAUCCAGUGUAGAAAAUAAUUUGAAGGAGAAAGAAGAAUUCGUUUUGGAUUAUGACUACCUCAUCAUAGCCGUGGGAGCUAAUGUCAACACAUUCAAUACUCCGGGAGUGGUGGAGAAUUGUCUUUUCUUGAAGGAAGUAGAAGAUGCUCAAAAAAUCAGAAGAGCAGUUAUUGACUGCUUUGAGAGAGCAAGUCUGCCAAAUGUUAGCGAAGAAGAUAAGAUGAGAAUUCUUCAUUUUGCUGUUGUCGGAGGUGGCCCAACUGGAGUGGAAUUUGCAGCAUCACUUCAUGAUUUCGUUAAUGAGGAUCUGGUCAAAUUAUAUCCCAAGAUAAAAGAUUUUGUUAAAAUCACACUUCUGGAGGCAGGAGAUCACAUUUUAGGAAUGUUUGACAAAAGAAUCACUGCUUUUGCUGAAGAAAAGUUUCGAAGAGAUGGUAUAAAUGUGAAAACAGGAUCCAUGGUCGUGAAAGUGUCUGAGAAAGAAAUCUCUACUAAAGAAAUGAAAAAUGGAGGAAAAAUUUCUGCUAUUCCUUAUGGAAUGGCUGUCUGGUCAACUGGUAUUGGCACUCGUCCGUUCAUUAAAGAUUUCAUGGAGCAAAUUGGUCAGGCUAACAGGCGUGCUGUAGCUACAGAUGAAUGGUUGAGAGUUGAGGGAUGCGACAAUGUGUAUGCACUUGGUGAUUGUGCUACAAUAAACCAGCGAAAAGUCAUGGAAGAUAUUUCUUCAAUCUUUAAGAAGGCUGACAAAGACAAUUCAGGAACACUUACGGUCAGAGAGUUUCAAGAGGUCAUUGAUGAUAUCUGUGAAAGAUACCCUCAGGUUGAGCUAUAUUUGAAGAAUAAGCAGAUGAGCAGUAUUGCUGAUCUUUUGAAGGAAUCCAAGGAAGAUGGUGAAAAUGAAUCCGUUGAACUGAAUAUUGAAGAAUUGAAGACCGCACUUUCCAAUGUGGAUUCUCAGAUGAAAUUUCUUCCUGCUACUGCACAGGUUGCUUCUCAACAAGGUGCCUACCUAGCCAAGUGUUUCAACCGGAUGGAAGAGUGUGAGAGAAAUCCAGAGGGUCCUCUCAGAUUCAGGGGAGAGGGUCGCCAUCGGUUCAAACCCUUUAGGUACAAGCAUUUUGGGCAAUUUGCUCCUCUUGGAGGGGAGCAGACAGCUGCGCAGCUUCCUGGGGAUUGGGUAUCAAUAGGCCGCAGCACCCAAUGGCUAUGGUAUUCUGUGUAUGCAAGCAAGCAAGUGAGCUGGCGCACUAGGGCCCUAGUGGUAUCAGACUGGACAAGACGUUUUAUUUUUGGGAGGGACUCAAGUCAAAUCUGAGCGACUCUGACGUGUUCCACGGUCUUUCAGUGGUAAAGUUUGCAUGCAGAGCUCGUGAAGGAAUCUUGAACUUCAUUAAAAUAACACAAAAUCUGCAUCACCUAGUAAUUUCUUAUUCUUUUUUUGAUACAAGGUAAUUUCUUAUUCUUUGAAUAAUAUAACCCAAGCAAACUGAGUCAGAACGAGGCCUCAUUCAACUAUGAAAUGCUCGUAUGUGUCCUCCCCCAACUGAUCCCUUGGUCCUUUUUUUUUUUUUUUUUCCUGCUAAAGCAUAGGUAUCCUCUUAUUGGAGGUAAUUCUAUUCGAGAUACUGUCGGGUACUAAAUGUGAGUACUUCUCCCAAUAGGGAUUCAAACCUUGAUUCGCCAAGUUGUGAGGAACUAGCCCUUUCUGUUAGACCUAACUUUUUAGAGAAAUUGAAGCAUUAGUGGCUCGCCAACUUUUGCUGUUCGCGGGGCCAUGCUAGGUGAUAUUAGCUUCCUUCCCGGGAAUUUCCCAAAAAUAAAGAUAUAGAUAUUUAUUAUAUUCCUCCUUGAAUUA